AUGGCCGCUUUCUCCGUCAACGGCCAGCUUAUCCCAACGUCAUCAAGCUCCACUUCCAUCUCUCCUCACCGAAAACCCCUACCUCCCCACUCUCCUCGCCUCCCCCCUAUCUCCUCCUCCUCUCGCCUCCCAUCCAUAAAAUGCAGCAGUACCCGUAAAGAUACAGAAACCUCUCUCAUAAACCUAGCGAAGCCUCUCGCAGUAGCCUCCAUCUCCUCCGCAGCGGCCUCCUUCUUCCUAUUCCGGAUCUCUAAUCUCCCCUCCUUCCUAACCAACCUCGGAGGCGGAGGAGGAGGCGGUGGAGGAAAUUCCGGCGGAUUCGGUGGAGGCGGAGGCGGAGACGACGGCGGAUUUUGGGGGAAUUUAUUAUCUCCAGCGAUUGCGAUCGCCGACGAGGAACAAUCACAAUCAUCACCGGAUUGGGACUCUCACGGUUUACCAGGCAACAUAGUUGUCCAAUUAAACAAAUUAAGCGGUUUCAAAAAAUACAAAGUCUCCGACGUCAUUUUCUUCGAUAAGAGAACACAAUCCACAAUCGGAACCGACGACUCCUUCUUCGAGAUGGUAACAAUCCGUCCGGGAGGAGUCUACACGAAAUCUCAGCUCCAAAAUGAGCUCGAAACCCUAGCUACCUGCGGGAUGUUCGAGAAAGUCGAACUAGAAGGGAAGACGAAACCGGACGGGACAAUGGGAGUCACCAUCUCAUUCGUGGAGACCACGUGGCAAUCCGCGGAUAAGUUCAGGUGUAUCAACGUGGGCCUUAUGGCCCAGUCCAAGCCCGUAGAGAUGGAUGCCGACAUGACCGAUAAAGAGAGGUUGGAGUUACACAGGAGCAUGGAUAAGGAUUACAAGAGGAGGAUGGAUAGGGCCAGGCCGUGUUUGUUGCCCGGGGCUGUGUAUGGGGAGGUGAUGCAAAUGUUGAGGGAUCAAGGGAAACUUAGUGCGAGGCUGUUGCAGAAGAUUAGGGACCGUGUUCAGAAAUGGUAUUUGGAUGAAGGGUAUGCGUGUGCUCAGGUUGUGAAUUUCGGGAAUUUGAAUACUAAGGAGGUUGUUUGUGAGGUUGUGGAAGGGGAUAUUACUCAGGUUGUUGUUCAGUUUCAAGAUAAGCUGGGGAAUGUUAUUGAAGGGAAUACUAAUGCUGCUGUGGUGCGUAGGGAGUUGCCUAAGCAGCUUCGGCAAGGGUAUGUUUUCAACAUUGAAGCUGCGAGGGAAGCGCUGAGGACUAUUACCUCGUUGGGGCUGAUCUCUCAUAUUGAAGUGAAUCCGCGAGCAGAUGAGAAGAACGAAGGGGGAGUUGUCGUUGAGAUUAAAUUGAAAGAGUGUGAGCAGAAGUCAGCUGAAGUUAGUACUGAAUGGAGUAUUGUUCCUGGACGUGGAGGAGCUCCCACGCUGGCUUCAGUUCAGCCAGGUGGGUCUGUGACUUUCGAACAUCGAAACAUUCAGGGUCUUAACAGGUCUCUCAUGGGUUCAGUCACCACUAGCAACUUCUUGAAUCCUCAGGACGAUCUUUCGUUUAAGCUUGACUAUGUACAUCCAUAUCUGGACGGUGUUUACAAUCCUCGUAACCGUACAUUCAAAACGAGCUGCUUCAACAGCCGCAAACUUAGCCCAGUGUUCACUGGAGGACCAGGUGUGGAGGAAGUGCCACCAAUUUGGGUUGACCGAGCUGGUCUGAAAGCUAACAUAACUGAGAACUUCUCCCGUCAGAGCAAGUUUACAUAUGGGCUUGUGAUGGAGGAGAUAACAACUCGAGAUGAAAGCAGUCACAUCGCUGCAAAUGGGCAGAGACUACUACCUAGUGGUGGAAUCAGUGCUGAUGGACCUCCAACGACUCUCAGUGGUACUGGUAUUGACAGAAUGGCCUUUCUACAAGCCAACAUCACCCGUGACAACACCAAGUUUGUCAACGGGGCUGUUGUUGGUGAGAGGAACGUCUUUCAGGUGGAUCAAGGAUUGGGUAUUGGAAGCAAAUUCCCCUUAUUCAACCGUCACCAAUUGACCUUGACAAGAUUCAUUCAGCUGCAGCAGGUGGAAGAAGGUGAUGGGAAGCCACCGCCACCGGUUCUAGUCCUUCAUGGACAUUAUGGUGGCUGUGUUGGUGAUCUUCCAAGCUAUGACGCCUUUAUUCUCGGAGGUCCAUACUCUGUGCGUGGCUACAACAUGGGGGAGCUCGGUGCGGCGAGAAACAUCCUCGAGCUUGGAGCUGAGAUUAGAGUACCUGUGAAGAACACACAUGUGUAUGCAUUUGCUGAGCAUGGGAACGAUUUGGGAAGCUCCAAGGACGUGAAAGGGAACCCAACAGCAGUGUAUAGGAGAAUGGGACAAGGUUCAUCGUACGGUGUAGGAGUGAAGUUGGGUUUGGUAAGAGCUGAGUAUGCUGUAGAUCACAACAAUGGAACUGGUGCUCUCUUCUUCCGUUAUGGAGAGAGGUAUUAAGGUGUAAUGAGAAGUAAGGUUUAGACUUUCUGCAUUUUUUUUCUCCUUUUUUUGGAUCUUUUAAUCCUUUUUCUUUUCUUUCUCAUAAUUGCUUAAUGUUAAUGUUAAGUGUUUGAGUCAAGUGUUGAGAAUCGGGAAAGAGUUUCUUCUUUGAGAUUUGUGUUAAGUUGAACCCCUAAAAAUUUUCUAUUAUUUUAUAAAUAUAACAAAAAUUCUG